AUGGACAUGGCUUUUACGCACGUAUGUUUAUGGACGCUAUGCGCUUUCGUGCUGACUUGGACAAUACUCCACGUCACCAACAGGAGGAAGAAGACAACAAAGAUGGCGGAUGCCGAGGCUGAGGAGAUAAGAGACGAUGGCGCUGACGUCAUCAUCGUUGGAGCUGGUGUCGGCGGCUCAGCUCUCGCCUAUGCUCUUGCUAAGGACGGACGUCGAGUACAUGUGAUAGAGAGAGAGACAUGA